AUGGGCGCGGAGCGACUGGGCGACCUCGACUCCAUCCACUACCACGAGGUCACGGCGGAGCCCGUCGAGCUGGAAGACGGACAUGUCGAGGUGGAAGUGUACGCCGCGGGUCUCAACUACAAGGACGUGGUUGUCACCAUGGGCAUUGUGCCGGGCGACGAGCGCGAGCUCGGUGGAGCGGCAGCGGGCAUUGUCACCAAGGUGUCUCCGACCGUCACUUCGUUGGAGGUCGGGCAGCGCGAAGCCGCCACUCUCUGUGGUGUGUACUUGACAUCAAUCUACUCCUGGUUCGACAUGGCCCUGGUAAGUUCCCACAAGACGGUGCUUAUCCACUCCGCGGCGGGUGGUGUGGGUAUCGCCUCGAUGCAGCUGGCCCUGUACGCCGGGGCAGAAGUGUUUGCCGCCGUCGGAUCCCCGGAUAAGCGCGAAUACAUCAAGUCGACCUUCGGUCUGAGCGACGAUCACAUUUUCAACUCCCGCAACACGGACUUUGGCGACCAGAUCUUGGCCGCCACCGGGGGGCCGCGGGAUAUGUUGGACGAGUCGUUCCGCGUCCUGGCCGAUGGUGGAAUCAUGGUGGAGAUUGGCAAGAAGGACAUUCUGGACCGCAACAGCCUGGCCAUGGUGGCGUUUGACCGCAACAUCUCCCUGCGCGCCGUGGACAUGUCCCACCAGCGGGCCCCAGACGAUUUGAUCGCGAGGCUCAUGGCUAGGUUGUUUGAACUGCUCGAAGGGCGCCAUGUCAAGCCCAUCAACCCGGUCCACAUCUUCUCCUUCACCGAUGUAGCCAAUGCGGUGCGGUACCUGCGCGCGGGUAAGCACAUUGGCAAGGUGGUGAUCUCGGACAGGCUGGACCCCAAGAUUUCAGUUCCGGUCCGACGUGCCCCGAAGGUCGUCCACUUCCGCGACAACGUCACCUAUCUGAUUGUGGGUGGCCUCCGCGGUCUGUGCGGUGCCCUAGCUAUCUACCUGGCCAAAAGCGGCGCCAAGCAUCUGGCCGUCAUCUCUCGUAGCGGGCACAGCGAUGAGAAUGUGAGGUCUAUCGUCAAGCAGAUCCGAGCGCUGGGGUCCAGCAUUGAUCUCCUCACGGCCGAUGUGACCCGCCCCGGCGAUUUCCAGAGAGCAUUCAAUCAGAUCACCUUCCCCAUUGGAGGGAUCAUCUAGGGCGCAAUGGUUCUGCGGG